AUGUGGGCAUCGCCAGCGGGGAGGCUGCCGGCGACGGAGGAGUGCGAGGACGAGGAGGCGGACGUGAACACCGGGAAGAUGGCGUCGUGCUGGGGCCGCUUCGGCGUCGCCGCGCUGUGGGGCAGGCUCCGGCAGCUCAGCCUGGCGCGCCGGAGGGCGCGGCACGGCCGCUCCAUCCUCGGCGCCGGCGGGCUCAACUACGACCCGCUCAGCUACGCGCAGAACUUCGAGGACAGCAGCCUCGAGCUCGAGCACCACGAGCCGGACUUCUCCGCCAGGUUCGCGCCCGCCCGCGGCGCCAGCUCGCCGAGGCGGCCAUUCUGA